UUUCUAUGACCAAGUGUAUGUCAAAUUUUUGACUUUUGUUGUGUGUACAUGUACAUUUUUAAUUUUGUUUUAUUUCCAAUUAGUAUAUUUCAAAAAGUAUAUUUGUCUAUCAAUUACUGUUCUUAUUAUAAAUUCAUUAUUCUAUAUCAUUGGAAGCGACAGAAUAUCCAAUAGUUUCUCGUGGCUUGCAGGACUAUUUAUACUCCAAACAAUGGCAUACAAUCCUGGUUAUGGCCAACCACAGUACGGCGGGCAACCACCAACUGGCCAAUUGGAAAUGGGUCAUGGGCCAUAUCCCAACGUGCCAGUGGGAGGAGGAGUAUCUCCCCAAGUGCAGCAGUGGUUUCGAGCUGUUGACAAAGAUCAAUCUGGGUUUAUUACUGCUCCUGAACUAAAAGGCGCUUUAGUGAAUGCACAAGGGCAAUCUUUUUCAGAUACUGCUUGUAACUUGAUGAUUGGUAUGUUUGAUAAAGAUCGUACGGGUACCAUAAACGUGGAAGAAUUUGACAAACUGUAUACAUAUGUAAAUCAGUGGCUUACAGUAUUUAAAACAUAUGACCUCGAUCAGUCUGGUCAUAUUGAAGAACAUGAACUUACCAAAGCGUUGUCACAAAUGGGUUUCCGGUUCACACCAGAAUUCAUAUCGUUCUUAACAAAAAGAAGCGAUCCAAAAGACGGCAGGGUGUCUGUUGACCAAUUCAUCGUGCUCUGUGUUCAAAUACAACGCUUUACUGAAGCAUUCCGAGUCCGUGACACUCAACAGAACGGCACUGUAACUAUUGGAUUUGAAGAUUUUCUAAAUGUGGCACUGAGUUGUUCUAUAUGAGGUCGUUUUAAAUAGAUAAGAUUAUAAAUAUUACAAGUUGCAUUGCUUUUCUAGUAAGAAAUAUUAAUUAUUUUGUAUAAACUUACAAGUUUCAUGUUGAGGUGAGAUCUUAAUAUUUACGGAAUAGUACAUUUUAUCGACAACAUUACAGAGCAAAUCGUAUUAUGAGUCGUGCAUUGCACGAC